AGCUUUCCGCAUCCUCAGUGGAAGGUAUCUGUAUCUGUAUGGCGAGCAGUGCGAUGCAGCGGUGCGGCAUAGCAGCCACUGCAAGGUGGUUGACGGCGUCCUGGACGGCGUCUGGAGGAGGAGGUUUACCUACGGUGUGCGGGCGAGGUGACAAGAAGACGAAGAAGGGGAAGAGAUUCAAGGGAUCGUACGGUAACGCUAGGCCGAAGAAGGAGAAGAUGAUAGAACGCAUCAAGGACAAAGUCGAAGUCCCCAGGUCCACUCCUUGGCCUCUCCCUUUCAAGCUCAUUUGACUGCUGCAUCUACUUUCUAGGGUUUUGAAUUAUGUUCUUCCUGCUUUGGGGUAGCAAUAAGUAAAUCACUAGAUUAGCCUCGUAUCCCUGUGAGGGAGGUUCGGGUAUGAGAAGCACAUUUCAUUACUUGCCUUUGCUGUUCUGCAUAUACAUAUUGAGUUUUUCAUUCACAGUUGAUUUUCAAUGUUUAUUAGUCAGUCAUCAAUUGUUAGGCUCAUUUCAAACAGUAUUUUCCUCUAUGUGUUCAUGAUAUUGAGAUUUUUAUAUUCUGAAAACCUUUAAGGGAAAUGUCCCAUGUAUCUGCGGAAAUGAUUAUAAUUAAAACAAAAAGGAUAAAUGAAUUAGACAAACUAGACAGAAAAAUCAGCUCUCUCUUUCAGGUUGCGGAUGUUAUUUUCCUCUGGGUAUUGUAGCUCCUCUGAGCUGAACUUUACAACAAUAGCUAUGGACUCAAAAGUUGUUUGGAAUCUUAAUAUUUUCGGUAAGCCAAGAUGAGGUCCUACAUGCCCCAGUGGCCAGUAUGCCAAUGGCAUAUGUUAUGUGGGAUUUUGUGGUGAUUCCUUUGCAAAAUCACAAAAGAAGUUUUGUAAUUAAUCAUUGUUGAAAACAAAAAUGAAUGUCACUUUGGUAUUUGUUUAGCGAUUUUGCCAUCAACAUGUUAUUUCCGUUCACAAAUCUUUGGAAUUGAAUUACAGGUUUCUUAAUUCUUAUAGGAGGUGGUUUCUUAAUUUCAAUUAUGGAUGAUAAUAUACAUCAAGAAGCAUUUGCUCAUAAUAAUUUUUUCUGCCAAUCAAGUAGCAUUUGCUUAGAUUGUGACUAUCUUCCAUUUUUUCUCUUCCAAUAUAC